CAAGAGAGGCACUGAUAAGGAAACAUACAUGUCUGUAAAGCUCACACAACAUUACAGUGGAAAAACUUCCUCAUUUCUCUAUUCCAGCAAAAAUAACUCAAGUUUUCAGUUAGCACGCAAAGUUGGGGAAAUUAGAAUACACGUUUUUCUUUCCAUGGCAAAGUAAAACGUGACGUGACUGUUUGAACCGUAUGAGGCCUUUAGAAAGAUGUGAAACCAAACCAUAAGUGGCAGUAAACUCAGGUGAAUUUGUUGUUUUGUUCCAUGGCUACAGCCUUGAAUUUAGCACACACUUGUCUGAAACUUAAUUCACCUCACUGUAUAAGAAAAACAUGUUUUGAAUAAGAAGGGUUUAUCACUAACUCAUUUCUGCUCAUAUGUGGAGCUCUGCGACAAAAAAUAACACCCUUUUUCCUAAACCACAAAGAAAGACUACUAAUGUGUUUUCCCCUAAAGCAGUCAGACUUCAUAAAUGAAUCAGUGACUAAAUGGGUGAAUGUGGUUUUGACCUCAUAGGAGCAAAGAGAAAAUAUUUAAGUCAGAUUAUUAAGACACAGUUUUCCUUCAUUGUAUAACACGCUCUCUCUUGAGUUGCAUGAUAAUAAGAGGUUUAUAUCAAGUAUCAUAUGUCAAGCCUUGAUAAUCUGUCUCCAUUACAGGAUCAAAAACCCUCCUCUCUUUGUUCCCCUGCAGCUGUGGUAUGUUUACACGUCAUGUUUGUGUAGCAAUAGAAAGAAGGAAGAAAAAACCGAGACGGGCCACAUGAAGCCACAACCUCCUGUGACAUCACAUCACAUCAUGUCGUGUUGCUGUGAAGACGCAUGUUUCAGGAAAAACCAGUUAGGAGACAUUCUCAUGCUGCCUCCUCCUUGUCUUCCAGUCUUCCUCUUGCUCAUUUAAUGUUUGUAUAGAGCACGACAAUAUCGCCAGCUGACUUUUGAGGUUCUACUUUGACCAGUCCUGAGCUGAUCAUGAACUUCUCUCAAUCCUUCUCAGCGCUCAAUGAGCAGCUGAGACCUCGGAUCACCACCAGCCAUCAGCUUUACUCCUCCCUGACCAGAGUGGAGGACAGACAGUGGGGUUCUCUAAAGGUCCAACCCACAUAUUACCGACCUACGAUUCUGCCAACAGAACCAGCAACCUCUGUGACUUUAGCAGAACAAGAACCUGAAGAGGCUGCAGAUCAGGAGGAUGUCGCCUCUGAAGGAGAUUGUGCCGAUGUGAGUCUCUGCAAUAACUCAUGCCUAAUCACUGGUUUGAAUUUGAGAGAUAUGUGUGAAGAGGAGCUGCUUGAGAAGGACAGCAACACUUCACCAACUGAGGAGAAGGACAUUCCAGGUGAGCUGACCUCAGAGGAGACCGGAGAGCCCACAGAGUCUGUAUCCAGUGAGGGUGGGAGCAGCUCCCUCCAGAGAAGCUACUUAGAUGGGACUUUACCAGACCUCAUCAGGAGUGGAAGGCCACUUGGCAGGCGCAGGACACUGGGACCAGUCUCAGACACGCUGAAAGAAGUGCGCAGAGAGGUGGAGCUGUCCAGGAGAAGAAGCAUUAAACUGAAGGCUCAGGUGGACAAACUGCAGGAGAACCGAGAUGGACGGGGAUGGAGCCAGCACAGAGAGAGGGUCACAGAAGAGGUUCUGUCUGUUCUGCGGCUGCUGCACCCACUGACGGAACAAGAGUCCAGCCUACCUGAACCCUCUGAUGGGGAGAACCGGUUGGACCAUGCCCUGGUCCAGCUGCAAAAUGUGGCUCGCAAACUGGCAAUCAGCCACACCAAAGAGUCCAACCCCGGAAAAGGAUCAGAGGACAGUACUAUUCUGCAGCAGGCUCUACGGGACAGAGAUGAGGCCAUAGAGAAGAAGAAGGCCAUGGAGGAAGAGCUGCUGCGGAGUAAAUCAGAGAUGAUGUUGCUGAACAACCAGGUGCUGGAAGCUGUACAGAAACGUUUGGAGAUGUCACUGGAGCUCGAGGCCUGGAAGGAGGACGUUCAGCUGAUGCUUCACCAGCAGCUGCAAAUUCAGCAGCAAGCAGAGCAGGCUCAGAAGAAGCCCUCCCGACUGGGUAUCCUGAGGAGAAAUAACAAACCGCCCAUUCAGCGGCCCUCCAACUUUCCUUUGGCUGUAUCUGCUCCUUCCACAACCAACUCCAACCAAAUCUUUGUCUCCAAAUCUGCUACUUCUACUCCAAGCACAUCUCCUUCCCAACGCAACUGGAGGGACAAGCUGAGGAGGGGAAAAAGUAGCCGUCAAGGGGACCAAGAUGCAGUUGGGCUAGAUUCAGAUAGUGGCAAAGGUGACGACUUUGAGGUAGUUUCACUUGAUUGAAAUAAUUGUCUCGCAAUUAGUGUGCUUUUUUGACACAUAAAGCCAUCUGACAAUUUAAAGUUCCCUUCCACUUAAAAAUGCCUGUUGCUUAUUGUAACUAGGUUGGAGUUAAAGAAUUUUGUACCAAAUGGCAUUUUUAAUUUAGUCACAAUUGCAGCACGUGCACACAGAGAGCAGACUUUUGUGUGUGUUUAUAAAUGUAUAUUACAGCCACUGCAUGAACAAGAUUCACAAAGUCACACCUUUUUGAUUUCUUUUCAGGGAGAAGCAGACAUGAUUUUAAGCAUUUUUAACAAGCUUUUAUUUGGAAAAAACCUACCAGUCAUAAAAAAACGUAUUACAAGCAGAUUAUUGUUAGUCUUAGUGUUAUGUACUGUGGGGUAUUUGUAGAGUUCUGUUUGCUAUUUGUCCUUAUCACUUACCCAUGAUUAUAACUGUGAUAAUGAACGAGCCACAUCACUUUAUUUUGUUGAACU